AUGUGGCAGUGCUUGAUAUGGAUCCUCUGUGGAGCUGCUCAAGCAGAUGAUGACUGGUGGGUCACCUCUGGGACUUGCAGGAUUGACUCAGAUGGCUGUGCAACGAGCCCGCGCUACCCCUCCAGGUACACCAACAAUCGCGAUUGCGAGAUUGAGGUCGCAGCCGGAAACACGAAGGCCAUCAUGGUAGCCCACUUCUCAACCGAAGCCCGGUAUGAUUUCCUGGAAGUGAAUGACAUUUCCUUCAGCGGGCAGAUUGGCCCGGAGAAUGUCGUGCCUGAGGGGGUGAUCAAGUGGACUUCUGACUAUUCGGUCACAAACACCGGGUGGCGGCUUUGCCUUCAGGAGGUUGGGGUCGCAAUGAAGUUCGAUGCCCGCUGCGGCCUGUCCGGCGUGGGCCUGGCUUUGGCAGCCACCCUCCAGGGCUGCGACUCCCCCGGAAUGCUCGACCUGCCCAAGUUGGAUAGCCUGGCCAUCUCUAUGCCAGACAAGUGGUUCGGAGUCCACUCCGUGCCGUACUGGAGGCAGCAGCCGGACUACUGGACCCAUGAAGCAUAUGCCCACGACGAACAUGGCAACCGCCAUGCCGAAAAGUCCUUCAAUUCCUGCAUGAACCCGAAGCUUCACAUCGAGAAUGUGUGCAGUGGGCAUGGAUCAUGUGUGCCUUUUGGGGACGACACGGGGCUGUCCUUUUGCAAGUGCUACCCGGGCUAUGGUGGCAUGGAGUGUAAUUCGAAGCGCUUGAGCCAGACCACCGCCUGGUUCCUGGCGCUGUUCUUGGGCCCGGCCGGGGCUGAUCAGUACUAUUUGGGCUGGUAUCCGCAGAUGCUGAUGACGCAGGUCACCUCGGUCUUGGGACUCUUGCUCUUGGCAGCCAUCUCCAGCUCCAGGUUGCCAGGCCUUUGCGUGUUCAUGGCGCCGUGGAUGUACCACGUCGUUGUCAUCGGCUCGGCCCCAGCCCAGGCCGUGCGUGACCGCACCGCUGCAGACCUCCCUCGCUGCGCGUUCGUGUCGUUCUCCCUGCUGUGGAUGGGAUUUCUCUCCUUGGCAAUUUGCAUCUACGACGUCAAGUACAAGACCCAGGUGAAGAGGAUCAUGCAAGAUCAGUUCCGAAACUACAGUUCCGCCAAGAUCAUCGCCUGA